AUCCCUCUGCUCUAGAUUUGAAGCCAUUGCAGCACAAGCCUAACUUUGUUCCGGGAAGCAGAGUUUUGCAACCUGAGUUAUUAGUGCAAUCAGAAAUCCAUAAUUCUAUAUUUAAUGAUUUGUCAAUUUCACGAUCUGUUGAACCACAGGGCCAGUACCAAGGAACAUAGGAAAAUUAUUGGAUAAAAGCACAACCCUGGACACGCACGUCUCCAGUGAACAGUGUGGAAAAUAAUUUUAUCAAACUAAGGUUGGGCGGGAAAAAAAAACAGCAGAAUUUCAUUUUGAAUGAAUAACAGAUCAGAGCCUGAAACAAGUGAUUCGAAGAGUCUGAGAUUUAUUUUGCAGACACAGAAAAUUUGGAUUAUUUUUUUUUUAUCUGAUCAAGCUUAAACCUACGAUAACAUCGUGAAAGUAAAACCGUCCACAACUGUUUAUCAAAGUGACAACACAUGAAAAAUUAAUCUGAAGCUGCGAUAUUACAUUAACCCGCCGGAUAUCGUUUUAUAAGAAUCAAAAAGGAACUGCGUUAAUCAGUUGUCAAAUUGUUAUUCUGCUAUGAUGGCUGAGUCUUUCACAAAUUCAGUAUCAGACAAAGGGAUUAUCGUGAUGGCAGUCGACUACAGCAAUAACUCGGAAUGGGCUUUUGACUGGUAUGUCACGAAUUUCCACAAACCUGGAAACAAAGUUAUUCUACUUCACAUUCCGGAGAGUUACAUCAAUGCCACUACAAUGAGUCCCGGCAGAGUGAUGGAACUACAGAGGGAAACAGACGGGAAAACAGGGGAACUCAAACAGAAAUUUAUUGACAAAGCAAGCAAACUGGGGAUUGAGGCGGAAUUCAGAGUAGAGAACGCCGACAAACCAGGACACGCUAUUGUAGACAUCGCUCAGAAAGAAAACGCAACCUUUGUUGUCACAGGCACUAGAGGAAUGGGCAAGUUCCGGAGGACAAUUAUGGGCAGCGUCAGUGAUUUUGUCGUCCACCAUGCCCACUGUCCAGUUCUAGUCUGUAGACACAAAGAUAAAUAGACUGAUGAUAUGUCCUCAACAUUGUACGAAAGCAUCACUCACCUUAACUAUGCGCACCUGUAGCCAUGCGCAGUCAUGUGAUACAUGUAGAGUGAACAGUUCUAUCAAUGUACACUGUAUUUAAGCAUCUUGUAUUCAUCAAUUCUGUUUAUAACUUUUUCGAUUCAUAUGUUUGUAUAACCUAUUCAAAACAGGGUUGAUGCGUGUGAACAUUUUUUCGAAUUUUUUUUUUACAUUGACUGGUUAGACUCAAUUUCUUUAUUCAUAAAAAAAUUAUAAGGAAAUUAAAUCUUAACAUCUAAAAAAAAAAAGUCGUAUUCAAUUUCAACAUUUUGGCAUGUUAGCAACAUAAAAAAUGAGUUUUUCUGAAUACAAUAUUUUUUUUCUAAGUGCAGUAAGUCCCUCUUACAAACUAACAAUCAUUCUGCCGUAGUCCUUGGGCGAUCUGAAAACAGCAUUUAAAGACUCUGUUAUAAUUUUCUCUCUGUAUACAGAACUGUAUUGUGACUAUGACUGGAUGUUGUAUGAAUAUGGAAAUCGUUGUUUCUCGAUGUCGUGUCUGUCCUAUACCACUAUCUAACAGAGAAUUGUUUUUCUUGAUCGAAUAUCUCCUUUUGUAGCAUAGAAAUAAGCACGCAAAUAUUCAGUUUGCAAUUUUCGCAAAUAAGAUACGACACAUUAAGUGGUACUAUUUUUCACUUUGAUAAAACGUUACGAUUACUCAAAAAUCUUUGAAAUAGCCAGAGGAUUAUAUAUUUUAUGUGCUUAUUUGUUAGUGAAUUGUUAAUUUGUUAUACUUAGAGAAUUAAAAGACCAUUACUUUGAUUUGUUUUCAAAGAUAGAAAUUGUACAUGUAUACUAUGGAAAUAUGUCGGGAAAUAAAAGUGCUUCUGUGAAGAAGUAAGAAAUCCUUAGAA